UUUGUGUUUUGAGAGCGUGGAAAUCACGCGAGAAUUUUCCCAGAAAAUUUUGAAUUGGUGAUUGGAACUUGUUCUUUCUGGUAUCUAACGAGAAAGGAAGGUCCUAUAAUUCGGUCAAUCUUCAUGUUGUUAAAUCAACUUUCACUGUGCACACACUACACAUUUAGUUGAAGAUUCUGUAUCUUUCUCAUUCAACUGUUACACAUAACAUAACAUGACAAGCACACCAACUUUAUAAUUAUUCUCUGUUUCCCUUCAUCACUCCUCCUUUUUCUCUCCGUCAACGAUAUUCUUCCUUAAAAUCUUCCUUUCUCUCUUUCUUUUCAUAGAUUGUCUUCUGGGUUUUGGUCUCACUCACAUGAAAUAAAACAAGAGACUCUUAUUGGUGCAAGUUAAUUUAGAGUUGAGACCCUUUUGCAACACAAUGACCGUGGUGGAGGAUCAUAGGAUGGAUGAUCUCAGAGACCAGUUUCCUAUAGGAAUGCGUGUUCUUGCUGUUGAUGAUGACCCAACAUGCCUCAAGGUUUUGGAGACUCUGCUUCGAAAGUGUCAAUACCAUGUAACUUCCACGAAAAAUGCAAUAACAGCAUUGAAGUUAUUGAGAGAAAACAAAAACAAAUUUGACCUGGUAAUCAGUGACGUGCACAUGCCAGACAUGGAUGGAUUUAAGCUGCUUGAGCUUGUGGGGCUUGAGAUGGACCUACCUGUUAUAAUGUUGUCUGUAAAUGGUGAUCCAAAGAUGGUGAUGAAGGGAAUUACUCAUGGAGCUUGUGAUUAUCUUCUGAAACCUGUUAGAAUUGAGGAGCUACAGAUCAUUUGGCAGCAUGUAAUCAGGAGGAAGAAGACUGAUCCAAAGGAGCAGAACAAAACCAGCAACCAAGAGAAACCUGAUGCUGAUUGCUGCAAUGGAAGAGAGUCAGCAGCAACAGGAAAUUCUGAUCAAAGUGGAAAAUCUUCCAAAAGGAGAAAGGAUGAGGAUGAAGAUGAACAUGAGGAUCAUGAGAAUAGCCAUGACAAUGAGGACCCUUCAACUCAGAAGAAGCCUCGAGUUGUUUGGUCUGUGGAGCUGCACCGCAAGUUUGUUUCUGCUGUUAAUCAAUUAGGCAUCGAGAAAGCUGUACCUAAAAAGAUUCUUGACUUGAUGAAUGUUGAAAAGCUAACCAGGGAGAAUGUGGCCAGCCACCUCCAGAAAUAUAGGCUUUAUCUGAAAAGAAUAAGCCGUGUGGCGAACCAACAGGCUAAUAUGGUGGCAGCAUUAGGCACUGCAGAUUCAUCCUAUUCGAGAAUGGGUUCUCUGAGUGGACUUAGGCCUUUGCAGACUUUUUCUGGUCCUCAACAGUUUCAUAAUAAUGCUUUCAGACCCUUUCCACCUGGUGGAAUGACUGGUAGAUUCAGCACUUCUGUUGGUCUAAAUGUGCAUGGGUUACCUUCUUCAGAAAAUCUUAAAUUGGGUCAUGCACAAAAUUUAAACAACUCUAUGAAUGAUCCACUCAAGUUCCAAUCAUCCCAAAUUGGUGGUAAUCAUAAUGGUAUUCAGGGAAUGCCAACGUUUCUAGGGCUUGAUCAAUUGCAACAUAAUAAAGGUGUUAGUGUUGGUCCUGUUCAAAACCUGUCUCCUAUUAUUGAUGCUAAAUCAACUUUUCCCAUGCCAAAUAAUGCCUUGACUAAAGACACACAAGGGAGUGGAGCAUAUCAAAAUUUAACUCAAUUAGCUUCUCAGAAUUCACAAUUUUCUAUCCCUUUGAUGGAUCAAGGUAGGUGUAGUGAUAUUUGGGCAAGUCCUGUGCAGUCUCCUGGUACAAACUCUUACCCUCCAAGUGAUGUGAAUCUGAGUGGUGCAUCAUCCAUUACUUCAAUGUCUAAUCAAUCACAUGAUUCACUCACAGAUAUGCCUUCCCAAGGAGUCUUUUUAACAAACAAUUCAGGACUAAUGAGCAAUAAUGUGCCAUUACAAGGGUGGGAUAACCACAAUCAUGAUACUAGUUACCAUUCUAAUGCUAUUGGUAAUACAAUAGACUCUCUCAUUUCAGUGAACCCUGUUGAUACAGAAGGACACACUACUGUUAACUCAACCUUCAAUAGAGACUUGGGCUUCAAUUUUUGUGAUCAAUUUCAGAUGAAGCCUGAUGGAGUUAUGGGAUUGAGUGGAGAAACCUCAUUGAAAGCACACCAAGGGUACAUCAUGAACCAACAGAAGUCUCAAAAUAGUUGUGCCACUAACAUUAAUGUUGGCUCACUGGAAUACUUUGUCAAUUCAAUGAUGACACAGAACCAAGGGAAGGUGAACUUAUUGGAUGAUUACUUAUGCGACAAUAAUGACUCUGCGGGGACAUCAACGUGACAGUGUAUUGAUGCAUCAUGUCAUGUCAUGCUUGUUGAUGAAUUGUAGCGUGACAAGUUUUGGUUUACCUCCUUUUUUCUCUCCCAGUUUUUGUCUUAUUGGUAGUUUUCUCUAGAUUAUUGCUUUCAGCUAGCAAGGGCUUUCUCAAUUUGUGAAAAUGCACUUUUGUUUAUGUUUAUGGGCCCUAUAGCACAUUAUGGAGUUAACCAUGUUUAGUUUUUUUAAGACAGUUUGUCAGUGUCCAUAUGGAAGAAUAAUAUAAUUACAAUAAACUACGGUUUUCUUCAUUA